AUGGCUGAAGUAAAGUCUGAGUCAAAUCUGGAUGCUGCUUUCAAACAAAAUUUUUGAAAGAGAAAAAAAGAAAGAUCUGUUGAAAGCUCAAUUUUCGAAUUUUUUUCCCAGCUCUUUCCUGGAAAUGGUUAUCAAGAAAAUUCUAUUCUGAGGCAAAAGUGAGUAUUAACAAUUGAAGGUAUAAUUUGGUGCCUCCAAAUUAUAAGUUUACUAUGAGUUCCAGAUCUCCCAAUAAAAAAUUGAAGUAAAAAUAACACACUAUGAAAAAUCAUAGGCUAUUUGAAAUUUGACAAUACUUGCUCUGCAGCAGGGAUAAUUGAGGAAUGCUUUUUAUCAGUUAUAAUAUUUACUUAUGCCAGCUUUAUAAUGAUUAUUAUUUCUGUUAUUGUUAUUUACCAUUCCUAUAGCUUACCUUCUCAAGCCUUCAAAGUUUUUCGUGGAUUUAUUUACAUUUGAGCAAAUUUUAUUUUUGUACCUAUUGUUGAGAUAUUAUCACUUUUUCUUAAAUAUAAUUUUUUGCCUCAUAAUAAAAUCUCAGAAUACGAAAAGGAUGGGCAAUUAUCUGAUUUUUACAUAAAUUUUUGAUGGAAAAUAGCAAUUAUUGUCGGAUUGACGAUUGGUUUUGUAAUGAUUUUAUUUUAUACUGAAUUUUCAGCAGAAAUUAGACAUUCUGAAACUAAAACAACGUUAAAUGCAAAAGCACACUCAAGGAUUGAUUACCAUAUAGCAAUUUUUACUUAUUUUUUCCCAAUUACUUAUGCAAUACUUGCUGAAAAUUACAUACUUUAUUUACAAAUUUUAGCAAUCAUAUUUUCAGGAAUUUUGAUAAAAGAAGCAAUCAUCUUUUUGCCUUAUUUUUCAUAUUUUGGCAAUACCACCAUUAUUCUUAAAUUGUCUUGUAUUGCCAUAAUUUCCUUUAUUUUUAUUUUAGGAAGUCUCAUGGACAACUCAUUGGCAAUUUCCAUACUAGCAGUUUUUAUGGGACCGUUAUUAGCAAUGUUCAUUGUCCAACUUUCUUACAAACUGCAAAUAAAUAAAAGUAAAAAUAUCCCUAAAGACUUAAAAGGCAUAGACUCUGAGUACGAGCUAGAAAAAUCUGUAAGACACGCAAUGUGCUCAGGAAAUAUUGAGUAUAAAGAUGAAAUAAUCCAAAUCUUUGAAAAAUUUUUUAUAGAAAAAAGAUUAAAUGGAAGCAAACUCCAAGCUAUAUGGGCAGCAAAUUACUGCUUUUACACGCUGAAAGAUGAGUCUCUAGCUAAAAUUAAGUUCGUUAAGAGCAAAAAUAUUCCUGAUUCUAGCUUAGAAGCCAAUUUCCAAGAAUAUUUAUGCAACAAAAAUAUCUCAGUCGCUUCUGAUUCUCAUAUUAGUCAAUUUUCAAACUAUUUUCUGGAGUUAUAUUGGGUUAAAAAAGAAGACAAAAAACUAUGCGUCAGCUUAUUUAAUUUUUGAAAUGAGAUUACUUCUUCUAAUCCUGACCUUAAAAAAUUGAAAAACGAUAUGAAGGGUAUAGGCAGAGAAAUUUUUGAUUUAAAUGCCAAAUAUAACCAAUUAUUCAUAAAUUAUCCAACCUCUCGAGAAUCUUUAUAUCUUUAUUCAUCAUAUGCUAAAACCAUCAUUUAUGAAGUUGAAAAAUCGAAUUUAGUUGAGGUAAAGUUAAUGGCUCUUGAAAGAAAUCUAUCAAAUCCUAUCAAUGAUUUAAAUAUUUUCAGCUGAUUUAACGAGAGCAAUGGCAUCUUGAUAAUUUCAAAUGAAAUUGACAAUUUUGGAGAAAUUCUUUACGCUAGCCAAAAAUCUGCAGAAAUAUUUUCUCUCCCUUUAAAAAGCAUUAUCAGUGACAAUUUUUUUAAUUUUAUUGAUCUUUAUUAUAAAGAAAAAGUCAAAGAAGAAGCCAAGCGAUUUGUCCAGUUUAGCUUAGUUUCAGAAAUGGACUUAAUCAAAGGCUUUUUUUUAAAUGUCCACAAUAAUUUAUUAGAAUGUACAGGAAAAGUGUGAGUAACAGCCAUUAAUAGUUUUCUCGUAGCAAUUCUCAUAUUUAAGCCUAAAGAGUGUACAUAUGAAAGUGCUCUGAUAUCUGAAAGCGAAGAAAUAAUUAGCCAUUCUAAAAAUUUUGCUAAAUUAGCCAGAAAUUCUGAUGAUAAUUUAAUAGGAUGCAAAUUGAAACAAUUAUUUUUUAUUUCAGAUGAGUUUAUCUUGAAGCCACUCGUUCCUUACAGGCUAAAUCAAAACUUUAAUGAUGCAUUCUUAGUCCUAUCCCACUAUGAUAUCUAUAAUAUAAAAAUCCCUUAUGUUAUGCUUAUAAACGACAGAAAAGAAAUUGAGAAAUUGGGUGGUCUAAGCUCUCCUAGCCCAAAUAACAAUUAUUUAAGUGUUGAGCAUAAAAAUUUGUCAGUCAAUUUUGCAGAAUUGGAUACUUUUAGAAGCACCAGCUCAUUCCAGAGAGAAAAUCAGCCUGAAGAAGAUUUAGACUUGAAAAUGCUUUUAUGCGCAAAUAAAGGGGCAACCAAUGUUAAAAUUUCUGAAUCAAGUGGCAGUGCAAAGUCACAAAUAUCAGUCGCUUCUUCCCAAAUCAAAUUUUUUACAAUGAUAAAUUCGUCAUCAAGAUCAAUAAAUAUUCUUCAUCUGGCUUUUGUGUUUUCAGUAAUUUUUAUAUAGAUUGUGACUGUUCUCGCUUUAAAUAUUGCAGUGCUAGUCUAUGCUUUUUCCACUAUUAAUUUUAUCAGUGACAUGAGUCUUCCUAUAAACAUCGGAAAAAUAGGGAAAAAUUUUCAAAACAUAGCGCUUUUUGCACAAAUUAUUCUAAUGGGGAGUGGUCAAGCUGUCGAUCCCCAUGAUACUGAAAUACUUUUAGCUACUUCAACUAAAAAAUAUGAAAGAGCUUUAAAAGAAUUAGAAAAUAUUUAUUCAGGAAUUAUUUCAAACUCAAAAGACUGGAAUGCCUGCUCUAGUGGGAGUAUUUUGGGGGAUGAAAAUAUUUAUUUAUGAAGCAUAGAAGAAUGAAAAUUAAGAAGAAAAGAAAAUUUAAUCACGACUAUCUCAAUGUUUAUAAAAAUUGUAAAAAUUAUUUACUCCCCAAAUUCAUGAAAGAGCAAAAAUUGCUGCUCGCUCAAAGGGUUGAUUUUUUAGAAAAUUUAACUCACACCCUCUGUGAGUGAACAAAACCAUUGGAAAAUCCUUAUUUUUUAGUAAAAGCCCAGCCUCCAUGAGCAAACAAAUAUAAAAAUUUUUCUUUGAAAAACAAUUUUGAUAAAUAAAUGAUAACUAGUAUAAUGAAAUCUAUAGCUAAUUAUAUUUAAUUUUAAGCAGCUUACAUUUCAAAACAUAAAAUUUGCAAAUUAAAUUAAUUUUUACUUUCAAUUUUUACAAAUAGCAAUUUUUUUAAAAAAAAUUAAGCCCUCCGUGAGUGAACAAAAUUUUUAUGUUCGCUCUUCGAAAGUAAAACUUUAUAUUUAAAAUUAGCAAACUAUCUAGAGGUUUCAUUUAAUAACUAUCAUCUGCGUAUUAAAAAUUUUUUUGUUCUGAGAUUUUAUUACCUAAAAACAGGAUUUUCCAAUACCCUCUAACAUAAGGAGGAGUUAGGGAUAUGAAUUUGAGAGGAAAUUUUUUAACUCCUCUGAAUAUCCAUGAGAUGCAUAUCGAUUUUUAUUAUUCAAUGGAUAUGGAGAAGCGCUCCAUUAUUGCAAUAAAGCGCUGACUGAUAUCAUUGACUGCCAACAAUCUAUGGUAAACGAUUUUAAAUCCCAAAUGACAUUUUUUUUGAUUUUGGGCCCUGCUGUACUUGUUAUCUGUAUUUUAUUAAUCCUCCCUUUUUAUUUCUCAAUUUUUAAAAUUGAAAAUAAUCUUUGGAAUAAUAUAAGGAAAUAUGCUUUUAAGAACUACUCUGAGCUAAAGCAAACAAUUUUAGGGCGAUUAAAAAAUGUCCACUCUCAUUCAAAAACUCUUUUUUCUACAGAAAAGCACUCUAUGUCAGCUUAUUCAUUCAAAAGCUACUGAAGAUAUGCUUGACGAACACUUGUUUACUUACUCCCCACCUCUGUGAGCGAUCCAAAACAUUUGAAAAAUUCCUAUUUUUUGGUAAAAAACCCACACUCUAUGAGCGAACAAAAAAAUUAUAUAUAAAAAAAUAAAAAUAUAUGAGUGAUAAUUAAUAUAAUAAAAUAUCUAGCCAAUUCUGUUUGCAGAUUAAAGAAAUUUUUUUACGAAUUGGAAUUAUUUUAAAUUUCAAACAAAACAUCUUCUAUAAAAUUAUAUAUAAAAAAAAAUAAUCCUCUCCGAGAGCGAGCAAAAUGUUUUGUUCGCUCACGAAGGGGGGAGUUAGCAGCAGUCAUACUGUUUUGCCUUAUAAACAUCAAUUAUCUAUAUAAAAAUUGUUCGCAGUAUUUAGAAAAACGACCAGAAAUAAUAAGAGAUUUAAUACAGACACAAAUUUUGUAUACUUCUUUAGGUGUCUGGUCUACUCAAUCGUCUACAGAGAUGUAUGGUUAUCCAUUAUGAACCACAUUUCCAAUAGCAUGCCCUUUUCAUCAUAGUGAGCCAGUGAUAAUGGGAAUAAUAAGCUCAAUUGAAAAUACGAAUUUAGCCUUAAGAAACAGUAAGUUUUCACCAAUUUUAUCGCAAAACUUCAAAGUACUUUUUUAUGAAAAUGCUGAAGAAAUAGCUUCAGACUAUUUUGCAUUUGGAAUAUAUUCUGCUCAAAAAUUAUGGGUAUUUGACAAUUAUAUAGAGGCAUUUACAAUUUCUACUGCUGAAUUUUGGAUAGUUAUUGUGGAACAUCUUCAAUAUAUUGAUGAUUUUUAUAGUAGCUCUUUAGAUGAGAUUGAUAAAUACUCACAAAGCGCCAUUGAUAAUCAAAUGAGUAUUAUAGCAGCAGCACUGAUUAUCUUUAUUUUUAGCUCAUUUACAGUUUAUUUCGGAUUUUAUUUGCAGUUCUUCAGAAAUGAAAAAAAGUAUAUGAGGAAAAUUAAUUCGAUAUUGAAAAUUAUGCCGAGUAAAAAAUAA